CUCAAUUUGCAGGCAGCGCCGGUGGGUGCGUCAGUUCUUUUCAUUUCGCUGUUAUUUUUGUGUAUUUGAAUUUGUAAGCGGUUUGCAAGAUGAGUGAUCCAAUGAAAGUGGAGGUUAAGGAUAUUGACAAGCUGCUCGAAAUGGAUGGCUAUCUGAAGCCGUUCGAGCGUGAGAUUCGUCGCCGACAUGGCGUACUGAAGGAUUGGAUUGCGAAGAUUGAUCAAUGCGAGGGCGGCUUGGAAGAGUUCUCGCAGGGCUACAAGUACUACGGUCUACACUUUCAGCCGGAUAAUUCAGUGAUUGCACGCGAGUGGGCGCCGGGAGCAAGAGAUGUGUAUCUUACUGGCGAUUUUAACAAUUGGCACUGGGAAUCGCAUCCGUACAAGAAACUGCCCUUUGGAAAGUGGGAGCUUCAUUUGCCCGCCAACCCAGAUGGCAGUGCGCCAAUUAAGCAUCUCAGCGAGAUAAAAGUCAUCGUACGCAAUCAGCACGGUCAGCUAUUAGAUCGUCUCUCGCCCUGGGCCAAGUAUGUGGUACAGCCUCCCAAGAGCGCCAAUCAGGGAGUCAACUACAAACAGUAUGUGUGGCAGCCGCCAGAAGAAGAGCGCUAUCAACGACAGAACGCGCGACCGCCAAAGCCCAAGUCCCUGAGGAUCUACGAGUGCCAUGUGGGCAUAGCCUCGCAGGAGCCUCGAGUGGGUAGCUACGAUGAGUUCGCGGAUCGCAUUGUGCCGCGCAUCAAGCGACAAGGCUACAAUUGCAUCCAGGUGAUGGCCAUCAUGGAGCAUGCCUACUAUGCCAGCUUUGGCUAUCAGGUGACCAGUUUCUAUGCGGCUUCCAGUCGAUAUGGCAAUCCAGAGCAACUGAAGCGCAUGAUUGAUGUGGCCCAUGCCCAGGGUCUCUAUGUGCUACUCGAUGUGGUACACUCCCAUGCGUCCAAGAACGUGCAGGAUGGCCUAAAUCAAUUCGAUGGCACCAACAGCUGCUUCUUCCACGACGGCGCACGCGGUGAGCACGCCCUUUGGGAUAGCCGUCUGUUUAACUACACGGAACACGAAGUGCUGCGCUUCUUGCUGUCCAACUUGCGUUGGUGGCAUGAUGAGUACAAUUUCGAUGGGUAUCGCUUUGAUGGCGUUACCUCCAUGUUGUAUCACUCGCGCGGCAUCGGCGAAGGCUUUAGUGGCGACUACAACGAAUACUUUGGCCUCAACGUGGAUACAGAUGCACUCAACUAUCUGGGUCUCGCCAACUACAUGCUGCACAAGCUGGAUCCAGAGGUCAUAACCAUAGCUGAGGACGUUUCUGGCAUGCCGACACUGUGUCGCCCCGUGUCGGAGGGCGGUAUUGGAUUUGACUAUCGCCUGGGCAUGGCCAUUCCAGACAAGUGGAUCGAGCUGCUGAAGGAACAAACCGACGAUCAGUGGGACAUUGGCAACAUUGUGCACACGCUGACCAACCGACGCUGGAUGGAGAACACGGUGGCCUAUGCCGAGUCCCACGACCAGGCGCUUGUCGGCGACAAGACCAUCGCCUUCUGGCUGAUGGACAAGGAAAUGUACACGCAUAUGUCCACAAUAUCCGAACCGUCGAUAAUCAUUGAUCGUGGACUGGCACUGCAUAAGAUGAUUCGUCUCAUCACGCAUGCCUUGGGCGGCGAGGCAUAUCUCAAUUUCAUGGGCAACGAGUUCGGGCAUCCCGAGUGGCUCGACUUUCCGCGCGUGGGCAACAAUGACUCGUACCACUAUGCGCGUCGCCAAUGGAAUUUGGUGGAUGACAAUCUGCUAAAGUACAAAUACCUAAACGAAUUUGACCGUGCCAUGAAUGAGUUGGAGGAACGCUAUGGCUGGCUGCACUCGGGCCCCGCCUAUGUGAGCUGGAAACACCAGAGCGACAAGACAAUCCACUUUGAGCGCGCUGGUCUCGUGUUUGUGUUCAACUUCCAUCCCACUAAGAGCUUCAGUGAUUAUCGCGUGGGCACCAACUGGGCUGGCACCUAUCAGGCUGUGCUCUCCUCCGACGAUCCCCUCUUUGGCGGCCACAAUCGUAUCGACAUGAAUUGCAAGCAUCAAUCGGAUCCCUGGGGUCAUGCCGGUCGCUCAAACUUCAUUCAAGUCUACACGCCCUGUCGCACCGCCGUCGUUUAUGCCCGAAUUAGCGAUUAGAUGAGUUUGUUGGCUUACUUUGUUGAUAUGUAAUUAUAUAUACAUACAUA